AGCUGUUGAGUGUGGCUGCUCCCCAAUGUCCCUGAAUAUGUAUACCUGUGCAAAGUUCAUCUCUGCUCCCGCCCUUGUGAGGAGCAGCUCCCAGCUGCUCUGCAGGCCCAUUUCUGCCUCUCUACUGAAACGGUUGGAAGGCAGGACGAGUGAGCCCUGCUGCAUCUCUGCUACGCAGAAUGAGCUCUUGCCAGUGUUGCGCCAGGAGUUCCAAACUAGCGCUGUCUCCAGGGACAUUGAUACUGCUGCCAAGUUUAUCGGUGCUGGUGCUGCCACCAUGGGUGUGGCUGGCUCUGGUGCUGGCAUUGGGACCGUAUUUGGCAGUCUCAUCAUUGGUUAUGCCAGAAACCCUUCCUUGAAGCAGCAGCUCUUCUCCUAUGCCAUCCUGGGUUUUGCACUCUCUGAGGCCAUGGGUCUGUUUUGCCUGAUGUUGGCUUUCCUCAUUCUCUUUGCCAUGUGAAG